UUAGGUGUCUUUAGCGUUGCCUGCGCAGAAAGGGCCCAGCCGCCGUCUGCUUGCGUGCGGCUCUGGUGCAGGCGGUGUGGUGGGCAGCUACCCCCUGUCCAGGGCCCUGCGGCUGGCCCGGAUACAGCAGGGCCAUGCGGGGCCGCGCGGCAGGCUCUGUUGACCCCAGGCUGAAGCAGCGGAUCAGACAGUAUUUAAUUAGUAAUAAAUGUGGCCAGUACGUGGACAUUGGUGUGAUAGCAGCUGAUUUGCAGAAAACGUAUAGUGCAGAGUAUGGACGAAGGAAAAGAAAUGCCUUUAGAAUACAGGUUGAGAAAGUGUUUGAGAUAAUCUGUAGUGAGAAUGAAUCUGAGAAUUUAUCAGCUUUAGAAGAUGAACAUGUAGCAAAAAGAGCAAGACACAGACGAGAAGAGAAUGAAAAUACAGAAAGCUCCAUGGAUGAGUUGGACGAUGAUUAUCCAGAACAUCCAUCUCAGAAUCACAUGAACAGCUCCUUGUUGACCUUAUACCGGAAAGAAAAUCCUGAUUCUGUCCCAGGAACUCCAAAGAAUGAGCUGACAGAAACAAGCACCCCUGUUCAAGUGACAGCACCCCAACCAAGUGCCCUUACCUCUGGAACUCCACUUGAGACCAGAAUCUCUGAAGGUGGCUGGUUUAUUGAUAAAAACCCAAGUAGAAAAGAUGUGGACUUUUUCACUGACCUUUGUGAGGAAGGAAAUGAAGAAAAACUGAUUUCUGAGAAAUCAAAAGAUUUCUCUCUUUUGGAGAGUGAAAGAAGGAAGACAAAGGGUAAGCGAGAAAGACGAAGGAAAGAGGAUUCCCAGGAUGUAGAUGGUGAAAUACAAUCUGCACUGCGUAAGCAGAAAGCUAAAUCUAAAGGACCAGAGUUGCUUCACCCUUCAGUGAAAUUUGAAGAUGUGGGAGGCAAUGAUGAAACGCUGAAGGAAGUCUGUAAAAUGCUGAUACACGUACGUCACCCUGAAGUCUACAACCACUUAGGUGUGGUCCCACCUCGGGGAUUUCUUUUACAUGGACCACCAGGAUGUGGAAAGACGCUACUAGCACAGGCGAUUGCUGGGGAGCUUGAACUACCAAUCCUCAAAGUAGCAGCUACUGAGAUGGUGUCAGGAGUGUCAGGGGAAUCUGAACAGAAGCUGAGAGAAUUGUUUGAACAUGCUGUGUCCAAUGCACCAUGCAUCCUUUUCAUAGAUGAGAUUGAUGCUAUCACCCCAAAGAGGGAAGUUGCAUCGAAAGACAUGGAGCGAAGAAUUGUGGCCCAGUUACUAACCUGCAUGGAUGAUCUGAACAAUUUGCCUGCUUCUGCUCAGGUCCUAGUCAUUGGAGCAACUAACAGGCCAGAUUCGCUGGAUCCAGCACUGAGGCGAGCUGGAAGAUUUGAUCGAGAAAUUUGUCUAGGGAUUCCUGAUGAAGCAGCUAGAGAAAAAAUUCUACAGACAUUGUGUCGAAAACUUAAGCUCCCUGAAUCUUUUGAUUUUCAUCACUUGGCUCACAUGACUCCAGGCUAUGUAGGUGCAGAUUUGAUGGCACUUUGUCGUGAGGCAGCCAUGUGCACAGUGAACAGGGUCCUGAUAAAUUCAGAAGGGCAAAAAUGGAAGGAGACAGAGGCUGGAAAAGCAGUGAGUGAACAAAGCAUUGAAAAUGGAGAAGUACCAGUCAAAAGGCAGCCAGAGCUUGUAAAGGAUGAAUUGCAGAAACUGCUGGAAUUGCUUAAAGAGCAGGACCCCUUGGUAGAGGAGCAGCUGCAGAAGCUCUGCAUUGAGAUGAAUGAUUUUAUUGUUGCACUGUCCUCAGUGCAGCCCUCUGCCAAGAGAGAAGGCUUUGUCACAGUUCCUGAUGUGACAUGGGCAGAUAUUGGAGCUCUGGAGGACAUUCGGGAGGAGCUUGCCAUGGUUAUACUGGCACCUGUUCGGAAUCCAGAGCAGUUCAGGGCUCUUGGCCUGACUGCUCCAGCUGGUGUACUACUUGCGGGGCCUCCUGGAUGUGGAAAAACAUUACUGGCCAAGGCUGUGGCAAAUGAGUCUGGGCUGAACUUCAUCUCUGUGAAAGGUCCAGAACUGUUAAAUAUGUAUGUCGGUGAAAGUGAGCGUGCUGUACGUCAGGUAUUUCAGAGGGCCAGGAAUUCUGCUCCUUGUGUUAUAUUUUUUGAUGAAGUGGAUGCAUUGUGUCCCCGGAGGUCAGAUCGCGAGGCAGGUGCUAGUGUUCGUGUGGUGAACCAGUUAUUAACUGAGAUGGAUGGUCUGGAAAAUCGUCAACAGGUUUUCAUUAUGGCUGCCACCAACAGGCCAGAUAUAAUUGAUCCAGCAAUCUUGCGACCUGGCAGACUGGAUAAAACACUCUACGUGGGUUUGCCACCUCCUGCAGAUCGAUUUGCCAUCUUGAAGACUAUCACUAAAGAUGGUACUCAGCCUCCAUUGGACACGGAUGUAAACCUUGAAGCAAUUGCUUAUGAUCAGCGCUGUGAUUGUUACACCGGGGCAGAUCUUUCUGCUCUAGUGCGUGAAGCUUCUCUUUGUGCCUUGAGACGAGAAAUGGCCUUGCAGAAGAGCAAAAGCAGGAAAGGAGAAAUCAAGAUUGGACAAAAACACUUCGAAGAAGCUUUUAAGAAAGUGAAAUCAUCAAUAUCAAAAAAGGAUCAGAUAACAUAUGAAGAGCUACGUCAGUCACUGAGCAGGUGAAAGACAAAAUAAUUCUGCUAUGUUGAAGAAGCUCAUAGUGACUGAGCCUGAUCCAAGUUUAUUUCCUCAAAGACAACUGGAAAGAAGCUGCACCUGGUUUCUUUUGACUUCUUAAAGGAGUAUUGCAGCUGAAGAAACCUGCAAGGAUCUAGAUGCCAUUUUAUCAGAGUCCAUACUUUAACAAUUGUAAAAGUAAAACAUCCAAGGGGAUCCUUUUCUCCAGUUCUGCUUACUGUCAAUGAAGCUAUAGCAUACCUUAAACUGAGCAAACAGUUUAUGUAGAAUUUUAUAGAUGAAAUUUGGAAAGCAACUACAUUUUCAAGAAGUUGAGCAUUCCUUUUUCCAGCAUUAUUCUAUAAGGAGAAAGCCACAAAAGCAGUCUGGAAAAGUGUUAUGCCACAUGCUCUUGCAUCACUGAGUCUUCCUUUUCCAAACUGAAAGCAAAACUGCCUUGACAUUUUGAGCCAGCAUAACUUUGAGAAGCCUCCCUAUCACUUUAUCAAAAGAAAUAGCCUCCAGAGGGCAAGUUAUUUUAAAGUAACCUGUAUGCAAAGGAGUAAAAAACAGAAAUUUGCGAACCCUUCAUAAUGCUGGUGCAGGGAAAUUCUCUUUUAAGGAAGCACUGAAUUUUACUGUUUUUAAUGCAUCUAGAAAGCUGAGCUCAAGUAUCUGUGAAAAGAGAGAAGAAAUUGUGACUAUCAGAAAUACAAGCAAAAAGUGGAUGAUGCUGUGCGCUAUGGUACCAGUGCUAUUACUGAUUUGAGUUGCUCUUAAUUUAGUAUGUCCAGACAAGAAUCCUCCAGGGGAGGAGAAUUUUCCCAUUGUUCUAGCACGGAUCAGGUGAGGGCUCCCAGUUGACAUUUUACCCCAAUAAUUUUCUAAAAAAAAAUGUACUUUUAAACCACUUUUGUGUCAGGACAUGUGUUUCAACCAGGCAUCUAGGAUUUUCAGUUUAGAUGACUAGUUGAAAUUCCUGCAACUUGUUAAAUAUUUGUUUCCAGCUUGUUGCCAAGAGGAUCUUAGCUUAUUAAAGUGAUUUUUUUUUUUUUAUCCAGCUUGUUGGACUCCUGUUAUAUUUUUUUAGCUUCCUCAAUAGAUCAAUGACCUCAGUUUCACUUUUGCUUGCAGCUGUUAUUUCAGUUCUUGAUGCUUCAGUGUUUGCUUUUAAACACUGGAGAAAGAGUUGAAUACAGUUCAUAUCAGAGAUUCUUUUCAGGGCUUAACUAAGCUAUGUUGAGUGGUUUCUGUGUUGGGCCAUAAUCUAGAAAGAGGAUCACGACUUCCCUGCCUGUCUGAACAAGUUGAAACUGGAUUAUAAGAAAAAAAAACACUGUAGUAUCUUAAGGCUGACAAAGUGUAACUACUGAAAGCUAUAAGCAUUCUGCACAUCUUUCCUUCUGAAAAAAAUGUUUUUUAAAAAGGGGCAUGUUUUGCUAAGCAGGAGAAAUAUUUGAAGCAAACUUGGCUCUAAUUGUUACUCAUCAUAAAAAAGCCUCUCCUUUACUUUACCAGAGCUGUUGAUGUCUUAGUCAAAUGUGUAAUAAGUAAAACACGUGGUUAUGGUACAUACAGUAACAGGAAAGCUUUUCUGCUACUUGGUUAUCUGCCAAACCACUGAAUUGUAAAAAUUGGUGAUAUUUCCAAAUUGUAACAUUUGUAUCGAUUUUUGUUAAACCUGUCUUGUAAGUGUUGGCCUUAUUGAAUCAAUAGCCCUGUACUACAGGGCUUUUUUCUCAGGUUCUCUCAAGAAGGGGCUAUGGUUACGGCAUUCUACAGGUUGGAAGAGCUUGUAUAGAAACACUGACUAAAUAUGGCAAGGCUACCAUCUGAUUAAAUAUGUCUGGAGAGAAAGGACCAUUCAUUUCAUGCCGAUGUAAUCUUGAAGGAAAUGGAGCUGCCCAUUUUUGCUCUUCAGAAGCCUCUGGUCAGAGUAUUAAAGGACAGAGCUCACAUGCUUGAGACCAGGAGUUGCUGACCAUUGUUAGCACAGGAAGCACAGGCUUAUGUUAGCUGUGAAGUUGUUUUAUAAAUAACGCAUUUCAGUUUUUUACUAUAAAAAAGAGAGAACCCAAAACAACCCUGACAAUAACUUCCCUUUUUAGUUUGUUUUGCAGUAAACAAUAAUUGAAUCAUGCACUACAAUUCAACUGAAAAUGACCAGACUAAUUUUAUAAGUCUCUUCCUUUUUCAUGUAUGUGUUGCUUGUGCUAAGGGUCAGUUCAGUUACUGAUAAUGCAGUUGACAACCAUUUGUUUUUAAUCCAAUGUUGCUCAACCCCUGUAGAGUCAUGUCAUUCAGCCCAUGAGGCUCCCUGACUUGCAGGUCAGGAAAAUUGAUGGGAGGGGAGUGAUAGCAACAUUAAUUGCUUCUAGAACUGUGCCAAUUAGCAUUGCCACUGCUCUUCUGCUGCCAAAUUUCUGAACCUCUGGAAAGCCCUGUGGUCUGGGUAACAUAGCCCCCCUGCUCUGUGGCUGAAUCUGGUGUGCAAGGUUGCACUGGCAUGCUGGAUCACAUCUGUGGACUCACCCUGCCCCCUAACCCCACACUGGAUCCAACUGGUGGAUAAGAUCUCAUGCAUAGGAUCUGGCCCAUGGAUAGGCGCAGCAUUCCUCAUCCAUAGUGCAGGGUUGCAGAGGUUGAAUACCACUGGUUUAGUGUAAAAGAAAUAUUGUUCUUUUUUCAAAGAGGCACUUAACACUUAAGGAUAUUUUAUCCCACAUGUUAGUUACUAAUCUUCAAAAACAGGAACUCUUUUGAACUACCAGUACAACCCUGGUGGCAUAAAAUUGAGGUGCCAGGUGUCUAUCAAAGUCAGAAGAGGUACUUAGACAGCUGUGUAACUAAUAGCCCAUCCAACUGGUUUGGUUAAGGUACACCAGUUUCUGUAUUCAGUGGCACACCAAGGUACCCAUUUACAAAUGAGCCAGCUGGAGGAAAUAGACACAAGGUUCACCCAUUCUGCUACCAUGCACCAGCACCAGAGGUCUCUACUGACUGAAGGUUGUUUUUUCCUAAAUGUAAACUAACCUAUCAAGCUUAUUAUGGGUGCAACAUUAUAAUCAAGAGUGAAAAAUUAUAGGGAUUGCCAUUAAGAAUUAUCAUUCACAGUAAGAAAAUAAAAUGUUUUUGUAGAUAUGGAAACUGGUGCUUAGCCUAUUUGUAGACAAAGGCCACUGUUCGUGGUGGCAUCUGUACUUAUGCUGAGUUAAACCAGUGAUAGCUGGGAUGCUCUGUGUUUGGCAUGAAAUCUACGAUGCUGUGUGUCUGGAUCAUGGUCGGCAGAUCCCUUUAUGAAGAUAAGGACAAUUUCAGCUAAAAAAAACAAAACCCUAAUCCAAUACCUUGUUCAAGGCAAGAUUGUCUCUGACUAAAAGAGUCUCAGUCAAGUAUCUGUGUAACCUGCUCUUAAAAACAACCGAAGAUGGAGAUUCCACAACCUCUCUGGGCAACCUGUUCCAGUGCUUGGCCAUUAUCAUAAUGAUAAAUUUUCCUAAUAUCCAACCUAAAUUUCUACUGCUGCAACUUGAGAUCACUGCUCCUAAUCCUGCCCUCUGUGGCCAGAAAAGAGGCUAUCUCCAUUCUUUUUUAAAUCAUCCUUCAGGUAUUAGAAGACUGUUCAAAUUCUUCUUCAGUCCUCUCUUCUCCAGACUAAACAAUCCCAUUUCAUCUUUCCCUCAUAAAUCAUGUUUUCCUGGCCUCUAAUCAAUUUUGCUGUUAUUUGCUGGACUCCUUCCAAUCCGUCAACAUCUUUCUUUUCCUUUAGAUUUGAAAGGAACACUUCUAUUAAUACAGCCUAGCACAGCAAUGGCUCAUUCUGUUUCUGGUCCCCUGUGAUCCCUGCCCUCUCCUUCCUCUACCCCUUAGUCCUCUUCUGCAGUACUGCCAAUCUUUCCCCAGUCUGUACUUUUAAUGCAGUUGUUUCAUCCCAAGUACAGGACUCUGCACUUGUCCUUCUUGAAUUUCAUGAGAUUGAUUUUGAACCAUUUGUUCAGUUUAUCAAGACCAUUCUGAAUCCUAGCCCUGUGCUCCAGAGUGUCUGGAACUCUAGCCAACUUGGUGUUGUCUGCAAAAUUGCUGUGUACACUCAGUCCCAUCCUCUGAAAUAUUAAUGAAAUGUUAAGCAAUACUGGAAUCAGGAUAGAGCCCUAGGAAUCCCCACUUCAUACUUCCUUCCAGUUGGGCAUUGAACUGUUGCUGGCUACAUCAUACUUAAGCAUGAUGAUCUAACCAGUUUUGUAUCCAACUUGCAGUACUUUCAUCUAGUCUGUUUCCUUAGUUUAGAAAUGAGAAUGUAGUGGAAGGUAGUGUCAAAAGCCUUGCUAAAAUCAGGGUAUAACAUAUCUAUUGCUCUCCCUCCAUGUAUAGAGCCUGUCAUAAUGUCAUAAAAAGUAAUCAAGUUGGUCAGGUGUGAUUUGCUCAUGAUAAAUCUAUGCUGGCUAUUCCUGAUCAACCAGCUUAUUCUUAUCCAAGUACUUGGAGUCCUUGAUGACUUAUCCAUAAGUGUUCCUGCUAUGGAGGUCACAGUGAAUGAUCUGUAAUGCUAUGGAGCCCUGUUUAUUUUCCCCUUUUAACUUUAUUAAUUAAUCCAACUUAUCAAAUCACAGACUUAGCAUUUGAAAAUGCAUUCAAUCCCCUAAAAUAUACAUGAAGGUAGAGAUUUAUCUUCCAUCAACAGUGCUUCCUUAACCUAAGUUAGUGUCCUGCAGCAGUGACAACAUGGUCCCGAGCUAGGGCAGAGCAGGCAGGGGUGUGCAGGCAGUGGACUGUGGCUCUGCCCCGGCUCCAGACCACACUGUCACUGCUGCAAGAUCCCAGGCCCAAAGCAGCUCCACAACCAGCCACACACCCUGCCAACACUUCUGGGGCCAGUCUCCCUGGAAGCCCUGGCCCUGCCAUUGCUGGGGUCUUCAUAGAAACCAGCUGCAGUGACCUUGGCAGGGGGUGCUGGAAAACAGAGUCCAGCUGCCAGCUAGAUCCGCAAUUUUGCCCACUCCUGCUUUAGACUGUUACUUCCUGAUCCCCAGAUAUGAGUAAAAAAUCAAGUUUGUUCAAUUUUGUAUUAGCCUCAAGAGCUUUUCCUCCCUCUUUCUUCAUGUUUAUUUGUCUUCUGUGUUCGUACUUGGAGGUGGAAAGAGGGAUAAGUACCAAUGAUUAAACUUUCCAGUUGCAACACCCAAACCUAAAUAAAGUUUCUAAUAUCUAAUGUGUUUCUCACAUCUGUACCUCAUUUGGCACAGUACUGAAAGAAGAGGAAGGAUGGAAACAGCGUAGUAGACAAUGAUGUGCCAGGUCAAACACUGUAAACCACCUCUAGGUGUGAUCAUCUCUCUCUGCUGCUCAGUUCUUUUCAUGCGUCUUCUUGCUGCUCCACUUUCCCCAACAAGAGUCUGCUUAUGGGACCUUUGCACUCUGAAGCUUGGCUCCAGACUUGAUUGUUAACAGAUGUGGGAGAAUGUUUCUGCAGCCAGUUAUCUCCUUUUAUAAAUGAGAUUCAUAGUUGUGGUUCUACAGAUCCCCAACAGUGCAAAGUACAAAAGUUCCCAAGUCCUAAAUGGUGGUAUGCCAGUGCCUGAAAAUUGUUUCAUAGAUUUCAUAAACAGUAGGGCUGGAAGGG